CUCCUCGUCGUCCCUUCGACAGGCUCGCCUUCUGAAACGCCAAGGCAAAGGCAAUGGCUCGCGGGCAGCAGAAGAUUCAGUCACAGCAGAAGAACGCCAAAAAGGCAGCGGAGAAGAAAAAGUCACAGGGAGCAGAUCAGAAAACGGCUGCCAAAGCAGCACUCGUCCACACAUGUCCUGUCUGCAGGACACAGAUGCCAGACCCCAAGACUUUCAAGCAGCAUUUUGAGAGUAAACACCCAAAAUCUCCUAUGCCCCCUGAGCUGGCAGAUGUGCAGGCAUAAACAGCUCUAGGAGCUACCAUUAUCUGCAUCUGGGACCCUGGGGAGAAAUGCUGCGAUUCAGCUUGGCCAACUGAUUCAACUCCUAGAAACAGACUCUGGAUAUGAUGCGACAGGAGACUUAAUGAUGGACUAAAGCACACCAGCACCCUUUGAUUUUAUAUUUUUAUAUGUAUUACCCUUCAUUUGGACAUGCAAUCAGUUUUAGUGUGCCGUAACAGCCUCAUUAUCACCUUCUGUCAAGACCGACAGUGUUUGUCCACCACUGAUUAAUAUUUCCCUGUCUCUCAUUGUGCAUUUUCACUUUAAAAUUCAUAUUAAUGCAGAUGCAUAAAUGUUCUUUGGUGCAUACAACUCAGUAAUGCUCUGUAAACAUGAGCCAUAAUAGGAAUUGCAUCAUUGUGUGAAUUAACAAUAUCGGCCAGGAUUGUGAUUGGAUUAGAUGAAUUCAGUUGGGGGAGAAACAUCCUCAAAGCUAAACAAAUGCUCUUGUAAAGUACUUUUGGGUGUUGAAUAGAGCCUCUGAAAUUG